UUGCAUAUUUCCCCCCUCCCCUUAUAACAACAGAGAGAGCUCCGCCAAACAAACAAUACAGUGAAAGACCACAGAGAGAGCGAAUUGAAUUAGCAGAACGAGGAAGACAACGACGAGGGCAGAGUAAGGAUUUGAACAACCCCCGUUUUUCCCCCUUUCGGCGGUACUGUCUGUAUUUGUAUUCCGUCUCGCGUCUUUAUUAUUGUAUAUAUGUAUCAGAUCGUCUCGGGGAGGUACGGCCUUGGGUUUUUUCUCUUCUUUUGGUGAGUGUUGUUUGGUUUCAUGUAGAGAAAGUAUAGGGAAGAGGGCAAUCGUUUUAACCUAGGUACAGAGAAAUUUCUCCCACGAUUUCGAAACUGUUUGCCUGGUCUUCGUGAUUUCAUUUGGCAAUCAAUUGGAGGGAGGUAGAGGGAGAGGGUAGGAGGAGCGAUAAGGAAGGAAAGGAAAAGGGGAGGGGAUAAUUGGUUGUUCGAUCGAGUUUCGGCCGCCGCAUGAACGUGUCCGCGAGGGGCGGAGGAUGUGAGAGUUCUACAAUGUGGCGGCGAUGAUUUGCUGGUGCCAAGAGUCUAUGGAAUUAGGGUUUUGGAUUUUGGUGAAUUCUUUUUAUUCCCAUUGGCUGUCCUGGUUGCAAUCUGAUUGUGAUUCAAUGCAUUCGUCAUUGCCCUGUUUGUUAAGUUAAACAAUGCCAAUCUCGUAAUGGGUAACCAGCAAAUUACAGUUUUUUAAGCAUUUGCCAGUCCAAGCAAUUGGGGGUUGGGGCUCUCUCUGUCCUUCCAAGCUGUAUCUUUGACCUGCUUCUGGAUUCUGUACUUCUGGACCAGAUUCUGCACUGGGUGCUUAGGGUUCUAGCAAUCUUCCCAGUCCAUUAUGAAUAUGAUUUCUGCUUUUGAUCUCCUGGUUAAGUAGCUAGCUCUUUUAACUGAUGAGUUGUUGACGGGUAUUGUAGGUCACAUGAGUUUUGAGAAGGAGUUACUGCAUGCGGCUGCAGUUUGAUGAACCCAAGCAGGAUAUUAAGAAUCUGGUUUGAUCAGUAUCAUCAUAGGCUGAGGAAGGCACAGGAAACUAAUCAAUGCGUCCGAAGGCUCAUACCGGAGUGGAAUCUGGAACCUGUAACGUGUGCUCCACUCCUUGUUCAUCUUGUAUGCAUCGGAAGCUAGCCUCUAUGGGAUCGAAGGGCGAUGAAUAUUCCGACGAAACUUGCCAUGUAACUGAAAUAAGCCAGAAUUCCGUUAACAGGGAGGAUUCCCUAGUCUUUAAAGGUCGAAAAUCCAACAUGUUGCAGCAUACCACCAGUGAGGCAAGUUAUGUUCCCAGUGUUGAUUCCAGUAGAGAUUCAUUGUCUGAAAGUGCUGAAAUCAAAGCUAAUGUAAGGACAUCAGUUAAGCUUGAGGCUUGCCCAAUUUUGAAGCAUGUUGGAACUGUUUCUGAGGGUCCUCUUUCUCCUAAGCCAGAGUUUGUUGCAUAUAAGCGAAAUGGGUCAAGUAAGCCUGUUGAUUCUAAAGCUGUAGAAGGCCAUGGUGACAACAUAUCUUGUGUGACAGGGGCUAAUGUGAGCAGUCUCCAAGAUGCUGGCAGAAAGGUGCCCUUCAAGAAUAACAGUCUUUUGCCCAAUACAAAGGUUGGGAACUUGAAGGGGGAUCCAAUCAGUCGAGUUUGUGGAGAAGCUUCUGCACCUGAUAUUCUUCUUGGUGGUAAUACAGCUAUGCACAAUGGUGCAGAUAACAAUCCACAAAGUAGAAUUGUAACUCAGGGGGAUGCAUCUGAAGUUUCAAGUAAACUCGGUCAAGAGAUCAAAGAAGAAACUGAUAAUGAUAGUGGACGUCAGCCAAUAGGUGUCAAUUGUUCUACCAGGGUUGGGCAAGAUCAUAAGGUGGAUGAGUCAGUUGAGUUACCGAAUGUUCAGGAGUCACCCGCGGAAUCUGCAUCUGCCAGUGAGAGUGAAGACUCAGAAAUUGGGGAACAAGACGUAAAAGUAUGCGAUAUUUGUGGGGAUGCAGGUCAGGAGGAAAAACUUGCAAUUUGUAGCAGGUGCAGUGACGGUGCGGAGCACACUUAUUGCAUGAAAGAAAUGCUCCUAGAAGUUCCUGAUGGCGAUUGGCUAUGUGAAGAGUGCAACCUAGCUGUAGAACUCGAAAAACAGAAGCAAGAUUCAGAGGGAAAAAAAGUAGGCAAAGGAACUUCACAAAGCUUCAAGAAGAGGCCUUCUGAAAUGGUAGAGGUGACCUCAAGUUCAAAAAGGCAGGCUAUUGACAUGGGUUCAGGAUCACCCAAACAAUCCAGCCCUAUGGGAGUUGCUACACUGCAUCGUAACAGUUCUUCCAGGAGUUUGGAUAAGGAGAAAGUAAAGGCAAGCCAUCAAACAUAUUCUGGCAAUCACUCUGUUUAUGAUCCUGAAAGCACUCGGUUUCCUAAUACUGCUCCACGACUUCAAAGUCCCAAGGGUAGCUUACUCAAGUCCAAUUCCUUCGGCACUAUUAGUUCCAAGCCAAAAGUGAAGCUUGUUGACGAAGUAUCACAAAAGCACAAGACAUGCAGAGAGAGUUCCUUGCCAGAUAGUAAGGAUGGAUCUGGCAGAAUGAUAAGCAAAUCUAUGUCAUUCAAACAUACAGGUUCUGGCCGUACGGAGUCCAAAGUGAAAAUGCUCUCAUCAAAAACUGCACAUGGUCAAGAUGUUAAAGGGUUAAGACAAGCACGAGAUCAUAAUGCAUUUGAAAGAAGACAUUUGCCUAAGUUGGACCGCCCUUCCGGUGCUAUGGUGGCAUCAAGUUCGAAAGUCACCACACCAAAGCUUGAGCAAAAGCUUACUCCUCGUAGUGACAGUCUUCCAUUAUCAUCAGCAGCCAACAGUAGAGAGUUUAAGGGUGCUACAACUGAUGGAAAAUUCAGUAGCUUACCUAGAUCAAGUGCUGGCAUUGCCCGGAAAGGUGGAGAUGCUCCUGUUACAUCUGUUCGGGCCUCUUCUGUUCAUGGAAUUUCCAUUGAAAGGAAGUUAAAUCAAGUUAGCCCUAAGGAUGAACCCUCACCAAGUACUUCUUGGAGUGCGGAGAAAUCUUUGAAUGCUGUUGAUGAUAAUUCACACGAUGGCCUGCUUCGCUCACGGGAAUCAUCAAGCCAUAGUGAGAAAACUAGAGAUAGCUCUGGUCGCAUGAGACCUGCUGCUGCAACACCAAAAGAGACAGGUACUUGUCAAAAGUGUAAGGAAGCUGGUCAUUCUGUGGAAAAUUGCACAUCCAGUAGUCCUCGUGCUCCUGUCAGUGAUACACCAGCUACAAAAAGUAUUGGUGAUGAGACUAAUAGAGACAGUAAAUUAAAAGCAGCAAUUGAGGCUGCUAUGCUUAAAAGGCCUGGAAUAUAUAGAAAGAAGCAUGAAAGUGAUCAAUCUGACGGAUUGUCCUCAUCAAAUGUGGAUAUGAACUAUCAUAUGGGUCCUAAGGCAAAAUUUUCAGGGUCAAAUAAGACAAAACUAGCCACCUUAGAUGAACGAUCGCAUGAAGAGAAACCCACUCUUGGGCCUUGGUCCAUGGACUUCACAAAGCAAGCUAAUUAUGGAAGUGCCAAGCUAUCUAAUACACUCUCUGUUAGUGUUGCUUUCCCUAGAGUGGAUUCAGAUUUGGCCAACUCUUCCACUGGGAGAUCCGGUCUUAUUUCAUCUGCCAGUGCACUUGAGAAGUUGUCGCCAAUCCCAGAGCAUGACUUUAUUUGGCAGGGUACCUUUGAGGUACACAGGGGCGAAAAAAUCAGCAAUAUUCAUGGAGGCUAUCAAGCGCAUUUGUCAACCUGCGCAUCACCCAAAGUUCUCGAAGUAGUGAACAAGUUUCCUCAGAAUAUUAGCUUAGACGAAGUAUCCCGCUCAAGCAUGUGGCCGAGACAGUUCCAUGAAAAUGGCGCUACUGAAAAUAACAUUGCUCUGUACUUUUUUGCAAAGGACCUCGAUAGUUACAAGCACUACAAGGGAUUAUUGGAUAAUGCUAUUAAAAGAGAUUUGGCUUUCAAAGGAUACUUUGAUGGUGUUGAACUCUUGAUAUUCCCAUCCACUCAGCUACCUGAGGAUUCUCAGCGUUGGAACAUGAUGUUUUUCCUGUGGGGCGUGUUCAAGGGAAGGAGAUCAAGUUCUUAUGAUUGCAUAAGAAAGCCAGUUGUCCCCAGUCUGAAUUUGGUAGCUGAAGGUGAAGAUAAUGGGACUUCUGCAUCAGAUGAUUGCUGCAGUAUGGAUGUUUCAUCAAGUGAUUUGAACAAGAAUACAUGCUUGUCGGAAAAUGGGGUCAUAAAGGAGGGAAAAGCUGACUUUGCUGUUAAGUCAGAGCAGCCGGAUUGUAGAUUUGAUUUAAAUGACACGACAUGCAGUGUGUCCUCAAAUCAAGAAUCUUCCAACGCCAGUGCUACCCUGGUAGAUAUUGGUGAUUUAGAGUGCAGAGUGGAUAUGGAGGAAAAACCAUCUGUUCUGGUUUCCGAGUCCAAGAGUGGUUCCAAGCAGGAGGCACAGAAGCAUUCAGACGCUUCAGAUGUCCAAGAUGAUGUGUCUGCACUCAAGAAUGUUACUGUUGAAAAUCGAAAUUUAGGUGUGAGGGGCAACAUUCUUCAAGAGCCUGCAGUUGGCAGAACAGACGGUGCCAGUAGGGGUGGAGUUACUGUUAUCAGAGACUUGAAUGAAGACAUUACAGAUAUGGACAUAGAAACUUCAGAGGAGGGAGACUUCUUGUCUAAUAUUAGAAAAAGGCCGCUCUUGGAUCUUUCUGAGAUGCCGCCUCCAGAGAGUCCUGGUAGCACAGUUGGUAAAGGCAUGCCAUGGAAUGUGGUUCACACUGUGUUGGUAGACCGAGAAGGUGCUGCUAAGAAGCCAAAAUUGAGUGAUGAAGGACUUGAUGGGUAUGACAAUUCAAGAGACUGCAAUUCUAAGAGAGAUGAUGAGACGUCGAAAGCUACUGCUGAAAGGUACUUCUUUCCUGUGGAUUCACAUUCCAUUCUCUGGAAGGGAGGGUCGUCAGCAUCAAGACGCGAGGGCCAAUCUUCUACGCCGAAUCUUGAGCUUGCUUUAGGGGGUGAGACAAAACUACCCCCAACUAAGGGAAUUCUGCCUUUCAUUGUCGGAAUGGUGGACAAGAAUACUACUGACAAGAACAAGCUACUGCCACCGCCACCAGCAGCAGCAGUUGAGAAAGUGAUGGCGGACAAAGAGCAGGAGGACGGUGUGUCUGCUUCCCUUUCUCUUUCUCUUUCAUUUCCGUUCCAGGACAAGGAACAAACUGUAAAACCUCCUGUUGUCCAAAAAACCGAGCAGCUUCUGCCUGAAAGGGCACCGUGUGAAUACCUGGCUGCUCCUUUUUGGACGCUUCGCUGAUAAAUAGGACAUGCCUGUUGGGGAAGGAAGUCACAGUAGUUGCAUGUAUGAUAUGAAAUUUGCUCCCUCUAGUAAAAGUAGACAUGAAAGAAACGGAAGAAAAACAUAGCUUGAUCAUGUGUACUACUAUGAUCUUCCUCCACACUUGCCUUUAGUCUCCAUGUGGAUUUUCCUAUCUGUUUAUAUAACCCACACAGGAUUACUAAUAAGUGUUCUUUCCCACACUUUUUGGUUUUGUUCUUUUGGAGUGCAUGGUUACGACUUACGAGAGUUCUGUAUAUAAAUGAGAAUCUAAGUCCUGUUUUGCAGACUGAUAUUUUGAUGGUUAUAGCUUCUAGUUGGUUUACUGCUAUUAUGUUUUCAUUUGGCAUAGUAUUAUAUGGUGGAACUGUCUGCGUGUUGCCAGGGAAAAAUUGGUGUUAAACAGAUGGUGUGAUGAUGAUCAUACUUCGGUACUGACAGAGGCCGGACGAUGUGCUGAAACUGCUUUGCUUGGAACAACAUAAUGUAGAGUGAAUUGAGAGGUUCAGCUGUGCUCUGGUAUGGAUGGUGGUAGUAGGUCAUGUACGUGAUGUUUCUGAGCCAUACUAUAAUUAUAUAUGUAGUUCUUUUUCCAUUGUCCAUGCUGGUGCUGUAAACGUUAUAGUUAUGCUACUAAGCUGUCAGCAGUUUUGCUCUGGAGCUCAAAGCCAGCUUAAUAGUGAGUUUUCGUUAGCGGACAUGCCUGUUUAGCUAUUUGUUCCAUCAUUAGAUGAAUAGCUACAAGACGAGCUGUACGAGGAGCUUACAUAAAUUGACUAACAAUUUGAGACAUACGCAAUAUCAUAUGAUUAGAAGCC